AUGGAGAAUCCACUCAAUGCGUAUUCUUCAGAAUCAACAGUAAAAACAGCACCACAAAAUGUUCUAGUCGAGAGGCAUCAAUCUUUUAAUGAAAGUGUUACUUCUUACAAUUCGGAUGAUUCUUCUUCAGACGAUUUUGAGAUCACAAACCGUGUCGAGAGAACUGUCAACGGAAAUGAUAUUAUUGAAAAGGUACCUGUGAUUUUCGCGUUUGCCGUGACAACGACGGACCAAUCAAUAUUUAAUGAAGAAUUACUUCCUCCAAACGUUUCCGAGAAAAACUCAAAAAUCAACUGGGCUAGUCCCUUGGAUGGACAGACAGUUUUGCAGUCUGCCUCGAUUUCUGGAAACUUACCGUUGGUGAAACAACUUGUGAUUGUUGGAGCAGAUUUAGAAAAGAAAAAUAUAAACGGGGAUACUGCGCUUCACCUCGCAAUCGCAACACAAAAAACUGAAGUUGCAAUUUUUAUAUCAGGAAAAUUGAGUAAAGAAGAGCUUGAUCAGAAGAACGAAAAAGGGGAAUCACCGCUUCUUUUGGCUGUUAUUAUGAACAAUUUAGAAGUGAUGGAUAAAUUGCUUGAAAAGGGUGCUGAUGUGAAUUCUGCAAAUACAAAUGGGACAACUGCGCUAAUGUUUGCGCUCAAGAAAAACGACCCAAAGCAAAUAGAAAUUCUAUUGAAAUACAAACCCGACACGAAGUUAAAGGAUAAUAAUGGAAGAAAUUGCUUGCAUUACUAUGGACAGACGGAGAAGUAUAACAUCGACACGAUUAGUUUUAUUCGUGAUAUCGCAAAGGACAAAAUUCUGGUAGAUUCGUUAGACAACCAAAAUCAUAAACCUAUACAUUAUGCGGUCGAAGUUGGUAUCAGCGAGGUUGUAGAUCAUUUUUUGGCAAUGUCUUCGUUGAAGAAUGUAGGAGUUGUGUAUGAUGAAGCGGAGACUGUGUGUAAGACUCAGGCACGGAUGCGCGUGUUGACGGGGAAAAGUCGUGUUUCUGUGUUGGUGAAGACAGACAAUUUGGGGUAUGAGAUUACAAGCACGCCUUCAAAAGAGAAAGAGGACUACUUAAACUCAUUGGAGCGAGUUGAAAAGUGGAAGACAAUGAUCUCGUACUACAACGAGAAGCAGAAAAUGCACAAAAAGAUGAUUCUACGACUUUACAAAGGUGUUCCAAUCAGUGUUCGGCAAAGCCUGUGGCGUGCAAUGCUUCAUAUUGAAGACAUGAAAAAAGAUGACUCUGAUACGUUUAGAACGUUUGCAUCCGCAAAAUUGGGAGACGAAGAGGAUGAUCAAAUCCACAAGGAUGUCACGCGAGCACACCAAAACAACAUCAAGUUUAAGUGCAAAUUUUCCGAAGGGCAGAAAAAGCUUUUUCUUGUUCUCCGAGCUUUAGCAAAUCGCGACAAAGAAGUAGGGUAUGUCCAGGGAGAGGCCGAUUUGUAUGGGUUCUUUGUGUUAGUGUUUGAAAAAGAAGAAGACAUGUUUUGGGCGGGUGUGGCAACCUUUGAGUGUGAAAAAUUUGGACUGCGGCAGAUGCUUCUCCGCAAUUUUCCGGGUGUCAAGAAAUUCAUUGGGUUGGAGAUGCUUGUCAUGAAGAAGUACCACAAAGAGAUAUAUGAAAUUGUGAAAAAACUUGGAGGGUAUGACACCUUGUACCCACACUUUCUUGAAUUCUACGCACUGUGGUUUUGCCGAGUCUUUAAUGGAGACCUUUCUAUGUGGGUGUUGGAUUUGGUGAUGGUGGAGGGGUGGCAGAUAACGCUCAGUGUUGCUUCGGCUAUCUUUUGGCUUGCGAAGGACGAAGUACUCAAAACAGAGAGAGAUCUGAUGUCAAUCGACUUGAUACUUAAAAACCCUGUUGGGAAGAUUGCGGGGUUUGAAAAGUUUGCCUUUGUCAAACUUGUCUUCAAAUUGCGGAUUCCUCCAAGUCAAGUUGAUGGGUGGAUUGUCAAGUAUAACAUCUAA